AUGACUGAGAAUACAGGCGAGAAACAAGAUGCUGCCGAUCUACUGGCUUCCCUGAACAUUGAAGGAGCAAAGAAGCAGGUCGACACAUCGGCAGCAGCAACUAAAGAACCCGACUCUAAGAAAGAGGCUCCCAAGGAGGAGUUGUCAGACAAAGCCCAGAAAGCCGACGUUGCAGAUUCCAAUCUGGUCAAGUCGGAAUAUGAAGUGAAAGUUAAAUUGGCAGACCUUCAAGGCGAUCCCAACUCUCCACUUUAUAGCAUCAAAUCUUUCGAAGAACUAGGACUUGCGCCAGAGCUUCUUAAGGGACUAUACGCCAUGAAAUUCCAAAAACCCUCUAAGAUUCAAGAAAGAGCGCUGCCCUUACUAUUGAACGAUCCUCCCAGAAACAUGAUUGCUCAGUCACAAUCCGGUACCGGAAAGACUGCUGCCUUUUCAUUAACCAUGCUCUCACGCGUUGAUGUUGCCCAACCAGCAACGCAGGCUAUAUGUCUAGCCCCAUCGAGAGAGCUGGCAAGACAAACACUCGAGGUGGUUCAAGAAAUGGGAAAAUUCACCAAAGUCACUUCGCAGCUUAUCGUUCCAGACUCAUUUGAAAAAAACAAACCAAUUGCCGCUCAAGUCAUUGUCGGUACCCCGGGGACCGUGCUUGAUCUGAUGCGCAGAAAGGCUAUCCAACUGGGCCAGGUAAAGGUGUUUGUUUUGGACGAAGCUGACAACAUGCUGGAUAAGCAAGGAUUGGGCGAUCAGUGUCUGCGAGUAAAAAAGUUUUUGCCCAAAGCUACUCAAUUGGUUCUAUUCUCCGCCACUUUUGACGACAGUGUUAGAAACUACGCUCGUAAGGUGGUGCCUAAUGCCAACUCCUUAGAACUGCAGAAAAAUGAGGUUAACGUCAGUGCCAUCAAACAACUCUUCAUGGACUGUACAGAUGAAAAUAACAAAUACGAAGUCCUCACAGAACUCUAUGGACUGCUGACGAUCGGGUCCUCGAUUAUUUUUGUGCAAACUAAGCAAACUGCUAACGUCUUGUAUGCGAAAUUGAAGCAAGAAGGUCACCAAGUGUCGAUAUUGCACGGUGAUUUGCAGAGCUCUGAGAGAGACAGAUUGAUUGACGAUUUUCGUGAAGGCCGUUCGAAGGUUCUCAUUACGACCAAUGUGCUGGCUCGUGGUAUUGAUAUCCCUACAGUUUCCAUGGUUGUUAACUACGAUCUUCCUACAACCGUUCAAGGUAAAGCGGAUCCUUCAACAUAUAUCCACAGAAUUGGGAGAACCGGUAGAUUUGGCCGUACCGGUGUGGCAAUUUCCUUUGUUCACGACAGAAAGUCUUUUGAAGUAUUGACUGCAAUUCAAAAGUAUUUUGGAGAUAUCGAAAUGACCAGAGUUCCUACCGAUGACUGGGAUGAAGUGGAGAAAAUUGUCAAGAAAGUCUUGAAACAGUAA